CUGAGCAGCAAGGCUCAGUGAAAGGAAACUGGGCAGCUAUCGCGAAGGGAACGUUCCCACAGAACACUAUUAACAUCCGUAAGACAGAAAGAUGGCCAGCCUUUGCUCAAACCUGGUUUUGUAUCGAAAAAUGUUUCUGAUGGCCAUCGUCCUGGGCUUGGGCGGAACCUUCCAUUUCGGAUUCCAAGUCUCUAUGAUCAAUUUUACUUCACCGUUCGUCAAGAAGUUCAUCAACGAUACCUGGCUGGAGAGAUACAAUGCUCCCAUUAAUGACCAGACCCUCAUGCCCCUAUGGUCAUUCACUGUGUCUAUCUUCAGCAUUGGAGGACUGACGGGAGCCUGCCUCUCAGGGUAUCUGUCUGCAAAAUGUGGAAAAAAGAACUGCAUGAUAUUUAACAGCUUCUUCAUGUUAGCAGCUGCAGUGAUCAUGGGAACCAGCCGAAUAGCAAAGUCCUUCGAAAUGAUUCUCCUUGGACGACUCCUGUAUGGUUUUAAUGCAGGUUUCGGCGUCUGUAUCCAAGGUCAGUACCUAGCAGAAAUUUCUCCUAAGGACCUCCGCGGCUUGACCAAUGUCACUAUUGCAGUUCUAGCAAACCUGGGGAGAUUUCUUGGCCAAUUGAUGGGACUGGGUGAACUUUUAGGAACAGAGUCCCUGUGGCCUCUCCUGUUGGCCAGCAGCGGAGUCCUAGCACUGCUGUUGCUCAUCACAGUCCCGUUCUUCCCUGAAUCUCCGUCGUAUCUUUUAAUCCAGAAGGGAGAUAUGGAAGGCUGCUUGAAAUCUCUGAAGCAGCUCUGGGGUGAAGGGGACCACAGAGCAGAGGUGAAUGAUCUGUUGAAGGAGCAGGCAGCCACAAAAGAAGCAAAAAUUAUGAGCGUGCUGGAGCUCUUCAGAGAUCACUCCAUGCGAUGCCAGGUAUACCUGUUGAUCAUAGUGGCAGGUACGCUGCCAGUCAGUGGAGUCAGUGCCAUCUACUUCUACUCUUUUGAUGUGUUCCGUACAGCCGGGUUUAGUGAAGAACUCAGCCCCUACGUCACUCUAGGGAUCGGGGCCUGUGAGCUCUGCUCAACCAUUGUGUGCUGCUUCAUCAUUGAGCGUGCGGGCAGACGGACACUGAUGCUGUGGGGAUAUGGUCUCAUGAUAGUGGCCUUGGCACUCCUCACAACUGCUCUCUCCCUGCAAGACAGAACCUUCUGGAUACCAUAUUGCAAUGUUGCUCUCAUCUUCCUCUACAUCAUUCUCUAUGGCGUGGGGCCUUCAGGUACAACGUUCCCCGUCAUAGCAGAACUCUUCACACAGUCAUCCAGACCAGCUGCAUUGGUCAUUGGCACAACACUACACUGGGUGGAAUUGUACUUGAUCGGGAUGCUGUUCCCUUAUUUAGUGAGUCAUCUGGGCAACUUCUGCUUUCUUGUCUUCAUGGGCAUAAUGACAAUCUCAUGGGUUCUCCUCUUCCGGUUCCUUCCAGAGACAGAAGGCAGGUCGCUCACGGACAUCCAGAUGGAAUUCAAUCAUUUAAAAAUGGGAAAGAAUCCGCCUGAAGAUCUUGAAAACUGCACAAAACUCUAGAAGGUCAGAAGGAUGGGGAUUGCUGCUCUAACAGAAUGGAAUGUAGCAACUGGGGUGGAUAGCAGAAUUCAACAGGUCCAUUAUUUCCAAAGACUCUGCUGAAAUCAGGGUUUCAUUGAAGAAUAAUGUGGUACAGCCCUCUUCAGAAUGUAAAAUUCAAAAGCAUGUAGGGCAAUUUCAGGCUUGAAUACGCACACACUUUUAACCCUCAUACUUAUUCCCUUUUAAAGGCUGAUACAGGGAGAAAACCCUAGAUUUAUUCUGUGAGUAAAAUGAAAGAUGGCCACUGCUGGUUCUGCAAAGAAAAUGGGGGGCACUGGCAGCACAUUUGAAAGAAAUGUCUCAAAACAGAAAGCAUUUGGAGUAUUGUGACUGAAGUGAGCAAUGAAUCUUUUCAGCUUCAAGUAAUAAUGAACUCAUUAACAUACUUAUGUGAGGUAUAUCAAAUCAA